AUGGCUGAGAAAAUUGCUCUUGUUGAAAACUUACUGAGCUGCCAUGUAUGUUCAGAGACUUUCAGAGAUCCUAUGUCUCUGAACUGCAGCCACAGCUUCUGUUCAAGCUGUCUGCAAACAUUCUGGGAACAAGCUAAAAACAAAAACUGUCCCAUUUGUAAAAGAAAAUCUUCAAAAGAUCCAGAAGUGAACUUUGCACUGAAGAAACUAGCUGACUCGUUUGCCGGGAGACAGAAAGCUGGAUCAUCUGAGACAGAAAAAGGAGAAAAGAUGGUGGAGGUGGUGUGUAGCAAACACCAAGAAGAUCCUACAUUGUUCUGUGAGGAUGAACAGAGAGCUGUGUGUCCUGUCUGUGAUUUAACUCACCAAAAAGAUCACAAGGUGGUUCCUGUAGAACAAGUAGUCAGUGACCUGAAGGACCAGCUGAAAUCUGACUUAAAGUCUCUACAAGACAAGAGGGGCAAAUACAAUCAAGUGAAGGAAACAUACAAGGAAAUGAUUGAAUACACCAAGAAGCAGCUGUUGUCCACAGAGAAGCAGAUCAGAGCAGAGUUCAACAAGCUCCAACAGUUCCUGAAAGAGGAAGAGAAGUCCAGACUGGCAGCUCUGGGGGAGGAUGGGAAACAGAAAAGGAAGACUAUGAGCAGAGAGAUGAAGAUGAUUCAGGAUCAGAUCUCCUCUCUUUAUAAACCCACUCAGACCAGAGCCAGAGCCGAGAGCUCACUGUCAGAUUCACAGCUGGUCUCAGGAGCGCUGAUAGAUGUGGCCAAACACCUGGGAAACCUGUCCUUCAGAGUCUGGGAGAAGAUGAAGGAGAAGGUCCACUUCAGUCCUGUUAUUCUGGACCCAAACACUGCAGACCCCCGUCUCCAUCUUUCUGAUGAUCUGACCAGUGUGAGAAAAGGAGACGCAAAGGAGCAGCUCCCUGAUAAUCCAGAGAGACAUACUAAUUAUUGCAAUGUUCUGGGCUCUGAGGGCUUCAGCUCAGGGAAACAUAGCUGGGAGGUGGAGGUGGGAGACAAUCCUGGUUGGUUUGUGGGUUUGGCUAAAGAGUCAGCAGACAGGAAGAGAGCGUGUUCUGCCUCACCAGAUUCAGGAAUCUGGUGUUUAGAAUAUCGCAGAGGAAAAUACACUGAUGGUUCUGGUAAGACUGUCACAAAGAAGAAGAGUCUCCAGAAGAUCAGAGUCAAGCUGAACUAUGACAGGGGGGAGGUCUCCUUCUACGACCCUGAAGACAAGACUCACAUCUACACCCACAGAGACAAUUUCACUGAGAAACUCUUCCCUUAUUUCAGUAUUGAAGAUUCUCGGGAUGCUGAAAACAUUGAUAUCAAAAUCUGUCAAACUGAGACUUAA